AUGAAUUAACUAAUUUCAUAUGAUGAAUUUGAUAGCAAUCAUUCUACAAAGAGUUGGUAUGAAACAUUGUUAAAGGUUUAGUGAGAGUAUUUCAGACGAAUAUUUGGAUGAAGUAAUUCCUUGCCAGCAAAAGAACAAAAAGGUUUCCUACAAGGUUAAAGUCAAAACUGAAGUAAAUUCGUUAUUAAAUUCUGUUUAGAUUUGUAAAUAUUGGGCAAUUGAAGGAUAUUGUCCUUAUGGUUAAUAGGUAUAAUAUAUUUAUAAAAUUAGUGUGCCUUUGCACAUGGAAAGGAUGAAGUAAGAGAAAAAACCCAUGUUCCUUCUAAUUACAAGACUAAAACUUGUAAAAAUUACAGCUAAGACGGGUAUAAAUAAUAUUUAAAAUAAAAGUUAUUGUUGUUAUGGAGAAAGAUGUCAAUUCAAACACCCAGAAAAGAAGACUAAUAAAUUACCAACUGUCCCUUACUAAGUGUUGCUAGCAAACAUUAAUCUCUUGUUUGCUUCUAAAAGGUAGAAAUAUAUAGUUAAAUUAGUAAAUUAUAAAAACGAAGUAAAGGAUUACCAAAAUUAAUGAAAAAUAAUAAUAAUCCUGAAAAAUAAUGA